AUGGUGACAACCAGUGAGGAGGAUUUUGGACGUGAAAAUUGGUUUCUUGAUACUCGAUGCUCUAAUCACAUGACUGGGCAUAAAGAAUGGCUAUCAAACAUAGACACCAGCAGGUCCAACAAGAUAAAACUGGCAGAUGAUAAUAUGAUUAGAGCUGAAGGAGUCGGGAAUGUGGUGAUUAAGAAAGAUGGUAAAGAAACUAUGGUGAUUGAGGAUGUUUUAUAUGUACCAGGAAUCAAAUAUAACCUGUUGAGUGUAGGACAGCUGGUGCAGAAAGGAUUUUCAAUCUCCAUGAAGGAGGAAGUGUUGAAAGUUUAUGAUGCAAGGAAAUGA